AUGUCCACUACAACUCCCUUCAAACCGCUGUGCCCCUGCUGCUUUCAAUCCUACGCCACCUCUAUCGCGGCUGGUGUGGAUCAUGAACCCUUUUCGUUUGAGUUUUGUGGCAGCUGCGCUCCGUCCGAUGUGGAAAAGGCGCUGGCCAAAAAGGCUGCCACGGACCAGACGGUCCCUCCCAUUCAAUGGCUGCUGACGGUGGAAGAGAUUGAAGCGUCUACCAAAGAAAUUCUCGAAGCCACGCAACAAAAUUUGGAUACGAUUGCAGCAAUUCCCUUGGCAGACGUUACCUUUGAGAAUACCAUUGCCAAACUCAUGACGCCUCCCAACUACAAGACCAAUCCACAGUUGGUGGCUUGCAAAUUCUUGCAGCACUGCAGUACCGAUGCCAAAAUUCGAGAGGCGGCCAGUGCGGCCGGAAAGCAAUUUGCCGCGUCGCGAGUGCAAGGACGCAUGAAUCGAGCCGUCUACGAACGUGUCAAGGCAUUUUCCGAGAUGACCGACACGGUGGCGACGUUGACUCCGUAUCAACAACAUUUCGUCAAGGCGGCACGAGAAGACUUUGAACGAGCGGGAUUGGCACUGCCCGAAGAAGACGCCCAAAAACUCAAGGAUUUGUUGGCCGAAGACACCACCGUUUGUUCCAAAUUCAGUCAAGCCUUGGGAGCCGACAAUACCAAACUAUUCUUUACACCCGAAGAAUUAAAGGGCAUGAAGGACGAUUUUAUUCAGGAUCGACUCGGCAAGGAUGAGGAAGGAAAAUGCACAAUUACCCUCAAAUAUCCAGACAUUAUCCCCAUUGGACAGUCUUGUCAAGUGGCAGAGACACGACGAAAAAUUGGAGAUGCACGGGAAGGUGAGAGUGCUUCUUACAAGGACAAUUUAGACCUGGUAGCACAAGGGAUUCAACUGCGCAAGCAAAUUGCAACCAUGCUCGGAUAUCCCAGUUGGGCCGAGUACGUUUGCACCAAACGCAUGAGUGGGUCCUACCAAGCAGUAGAUGACUUCUUGUCUCAUUUGCAGUCCAAAUUGACCGACAGUGGCAAAGAGGACUAUGACACUCUGCUGCAGCUCAAAAAAGAACAUUGCAGCGAGACUGGAGUAGAGUUUGAUGGCAAACUCAAUGCAUGGGAUACCUCCUUUUACAAUAAUCGACUACUGCAGACCAAAUACGGUGUCGAUUCCGAGGCAAUUCGACAGUACUUUCCACUCGAUCACGUCGUCGAAACGACACUGGCCAUUUAUCAAGAGUUGUUGGGAUUGACCUUUCAAGAAUUGCCGCAGGGUACCUUUUGGUGUUGGUAUCCCUCGGAAGUACGAUGCUUUCGUGUCGUUGACACUGCCUCGGGUACAGCCAUUGGACACUUUUACUUGGAUUUGCAUCCUCGACCGGGCAAGUAUGGUCAUGCCGCCAUUUUUCAUCUCGUCAAGCACACAGAGGAUCACGGGGCAGUGGAUUGCAUGCUGUGCAAUCUGCCUCCCGGUACGGCAGACAAACCGAGCUUGUUGUUGCACACCAACGUGGUGACAUUCUGUAAUGAAUUUGGCCACAUUAUGCACGGACUUUGCAGCGAGGGUGUCGGGAAUUCAACCCAUUUGGCCAAAUGCCCCCGCGAUUUCGUUGAGGCGCCCUCCCAGAUGCUGGAGAAUUGGUGUUGGCAAACAAGUGUGUUGGAACGAUUGUCGAAACAUCAUCAAACUGGUGAGUCUUUGCCCAGUGACAUGCUCCAGUCCAUGAUUCGUGCCAAGCACGUCAAUGUGGCAUUUGGAUCACUCCGACAAAUCUACUUGUCCCGUCUCGAUUUGAACAUUCAUGGGCCCGAUCCACCAAAGGACGCCGCUGGAUUACAGCAAUUGGUAGACAAAUUGCGUCCUGAAAUCACCCUGAUUGAAAAUCCUCCCGGGAACAACAUGUUGCGAACCUUUUCCCAUUUGAUGAAUCAAUACUCCGCCUCCUACUAUGGAUACAUGUGGGCCGAGGUUUUGAGUGCUGACAUGUUUGCUUCUCGGUUUGAAGCCGAAGGUGUCAUGAACCCCAAAGUCGGCAUGGACUAUCGCAAAAUGGUGCUGGCUCCCGGCGGCACACACAGCAUUACGGAUCACUUGACCAAGUUCUUGGGACGACCGCCCAGCAAUGAAGCCUUUUUGAAAUCGAGGGGAAUCUUGAAAGAGUAG